AUGGUGUGGCUGUAUUUCGACGGCAUCAGCUGGAUGCGGCGGUCCAAGAAGCGCAAUGUGAUUCUGAUGAUCAGCGACGGGUUUGGGCCAGCGUCUGAGACGAUGGCACGCAACUUUUGGCAGCAGACGCACAAGCUGCCGGUCGGGUUCCAGAGCCCGCUGGACGAGAUCCUUGUGGGCUCGUCGCGCACGCGGUCGAGCAGCUCGCUGGUAACGGACUCUGCAGCAGGCGCAACGGCGUUUUCGUGUGGUCACAAGUCGUACAAUGGCGCUAUUGGCGUGAUGGACAGCGAGUCGCCGUGCGGCACGGUGCUGGAGGCAGCGAAGCUGCAGCGCAAGAUGCUUACUGGGCUGGUGGCGACGAGCCGGAUUACGCAUGCGACGCCGGCGGCGUUCUCGUCGCAUGUGCUGCAUCGCGACAUGGAAGAUUUGAUUGCCGAGUACCAGAUUGGCAACUACUCGCUGGGAUCCGUGGUGGACCUGAUGUUUGGCGGCGGGCGGUGCCACUUUUUGCCGCAGAGCGCCGGCAACGACAGCUGCCGGAUGGACAACCGCGACUUGUGGAGCGAGGCGAAGCAGGCUGGGUUCCGGGUGCUGAAGGACCGCAAGGCGUUUGACCAGCUGGAGACCACCAAGGAGGUGCUGCCGGUGCUGGGUUCGUUUGCGCUGUCGCACAUGGACUAUGACAUUGACCGGAAGCCUGAGGAGCAGCCGUCACUGGCGGACAUGUCGGACAAGGCGCUGCGGAUCCUGAAGUCGGCAACCAAGGACAGCGACUCUGGGUUCUUCCUGAUGAUUGAGGGCAGCCGCAUCGACAUGGCAGCGCACACGAACGACCCGGCUGCGCAUGUGCGUGACAUCAUCGCGUACUGGGAUGCCAUUGCCGUGGUGCGCAAGUUUGUUGACGAGAACCCCGACACGGUGAUGGUUAGCGUGUCGGACCACGAGACUGGCGGCUUCUCGGUGGCCAAGCAGCUGACGGCCGAGUACCCCGAGUACCUGUGGAACCCGCAUGCGCUGGAGCCAGUCAAGCACUCGAUCGAGUACAUUGCGCCGCAGAUCCUGGCGCUGGGCACCAAGGACAGCGACAAGUACGCGUUUGUGCGCGACACGGUGUUCCCCAAGUGGAUGGGGAUUUCCGACGCGACGCACGACGAAAUCUCGGCGGUUGCCAAGGAGACCGAGUCGGUGCGGCUGCGGCAGCUGCUGAGCGACGCCGAGUCGACUCGCGCCCAGCUCGGAUGGUCGACGCAUGGGCACAGCGCGGUGGACGUCAACCUGUAUGCGUACGGCAGGGAUGCGCAUCUGCUGGCGGGGAACCACGAGAACACCGACAUUGGGAAUUUCAUUGUGGAGAUGCUGGGGCUGGACCUGCAGGCCGUCACGGCGCUGGUGCACAGCGAUCGCCGGGGUGUGGGGGUGGAGUGCGGAGGAGACAUGCCAAAUUUAGAUACGAAGGAUAACCAAAAUACAGCGAAUCCUCAGUCGGUUGAUUUUCUCGAAGGGCUGAAAAGCAAACAUUGA